GCCAGGCACCAUUUCCCAACGCAAGUUGCAAGGCCGAGUUACCACAACAACAAGAAUACGACUAGCCUCUCUCGGCCACCUGCUUCCACACACCUAACACUCUGUUCACCCAUCACAUUUUCUUCACCAUCCGCCGAUCGCACAACAUACACCAACAGCAAAGAACAACCAUGGCCAAACGAGGCAUCGAAAUAUACGUGCACCCUCAUGACGAGUUCGUCCUCUCUCGGCCGCCCAGCGAGCACCCCUCAGACCGGCUCUGCCUGAUGUGCUCAAACCACGGCGGAAAUACAUGCAAACAGUGCCGUCAGGCAGCAUACUGCUCGACGACAUGCCAGAAGAAGGACUGGAAGACUCACAAGCAUGUCUGCGAGGCCUUUGCCAACUUCACAGAGACCACUAGACCGUCAGAGCACCACGUCCGCGUACUCGUCUUCCCUGCAGAUUCCGACGUGCCGCGAUGGGCCUGGAUUGACGCCAAGGACAAUAUCAUCUCGUCUAUGGCGAUGUUUGAGCAUAUCGGCGAGUUCCCCGAGGAGGGCAAUCUCGGCAUCUCCAGCCUCCACGCCCAGCUCACGACCAAGGGCAGAGGUCUAGCCGCACUCUCCAACAAUGUUGAGCAGGCCACCAACUCUAGCGUUCUCGCGUUGGGCAAGCCAGGAGAAUUGCACGUUUGGCCCGGCUCUCUCCUCGUCGUUGGCUUCCUGCUUGACGAAUAUGCGCCGCCCGACGAGGCAACUGGCACCCGCCCGGGCGUAAUCAGCGAUCUCGGCAUGCGCGACUACCGCAACGCCAUUGACGGCCUGCUCAUUAAUGCCAUCAACCCCUGUGUCGCGGACUCUAGCCGCUACCCUUUCAAGAAGCUCCUUGCUGUCAAGAUGACGUGCGUAGGUGAGCGCUUCGUCCUGGCAGUCGCCAUGACGAGGAAGCCCAUCGAGACGUGCGUCGUGCCUGCGGAAAUACCGCUCCUCUGUGCCCAGUGGGUCUGCGCGUUCCCCUUCAUGCUCGGCCUGCCGUGGGUGUGUCGUGUCGUGACGCCGGAUUGCUUCAAUGCGCCAAAGGCAGUGGAGGACUCACUGAUGCACAACCCAGAGGCGAACCUCUUAUCGGCACGCUUUGUCUUUGCAACGGAUGCGGGAGGAAACGAGGUGGUCUUCGUUGACGGCGUGGAGAACCCCGGAACAGUCUUCAUCAUGGACGUCUACGGCCAGCCGAUCCAUCAGACGCACAUCCGCGCCGUCGGCGCGUUCUUGCGACAGAACCAGGAAAUCAAGGCCCACAAGCAUGACCGCAGUCGAGGUCGCGCUGCUGAUAGCACCGACAGUCUGAGCAAACUCGACCGCGAGCACUUUGAGGCCUUCUGGGACCGGCUCAAGACGUGCCCGUGGGGUGACCUCAUGGUAGCCAAGAACACUCCCAGCCCGUAUGAGAGGAAGCUGGAGCCGCUCAAGGAAAGCCCGCUCAUAGUCUCCGCAGCUGAGUGGGCCAUGUUCGGGAGGGUCAUCGUCACGGACGAACCGAUUCAUCUCAGGUGAUCUCAGGGGUGUUUGCCAUCUUGUGGCAGAGAUUACGUCGUAUCCUGGGCAAGUUGCUGGAUCAUUGACGACAACGAGGAUUGAAUCUUAGGGGUUUUCUAUGCCCGAUGGGGUAAGCAGGUUUCUUGGCUCGGAAGAAACCAAAGAAAUGAGACCAUU